AUGUCUUUUACUUCAGUUGAGGGAAAAAUUGCUUUCGUUUCCGGAGCAGCCUCUGGAAUUGGUAAAGCUAUGGUAACUCGCUUAGUUAAAGAAGGUGCAAAAGUCGUCGUCGCUGAUAUUCAAGAUGAACUCGGGAAAAAACUUGUCGAACAACUUAAUUCUGGAAAAACUGAGACAAUUGCUAUUUAUGAACACACCGAUGUAACGAAUUGGAAUGAAUAUUUGGCUGCAUUCAAAAAAACCGUACAAGUAUACGGUCGUGUCGAUAUUGUUGUGAACAAUGCUGGUAUACUUUCAGAAGGAGAUUGCUUGUUUAAUGAUUCAGACGAACCGCCAAAUGCGUUGAAAGUUAUCGACGUAAACUUAAAAGGUGUGCUUAAUGGAACAAAACUAGGAAUUCGUUUUUUGAAGCAAAAUGGAAAAGAUGGAGGUGUCAUUGUUAAUACUGCUUCAAUUGCCGGCCUCUUCAAAUCGCCCCUUAUUCCGUACUAUUGCGCUUCAAAAUUUGGUGUGGUUGGUUUAUCGAUUUCCGUUGCAUCAACUGUAAUUGCACAAAAUAUUCGCAUAAAUGUGGUUGCACCUUCAGCAGUAGAUACGCCACUGCUAAAACCUUAUAUUCAUACAAUUUCUGACGAUAAAAAAGUAGAUAUUGGCGAAGUCAUUGAAGCAUUCUUCAAACUUUUCACUAAUCCAGCUUAUAAUGGUGAAGUUCUCGCUGUAUAUCCAGGAGGGAGGUUUGUUUUUGUGGAAAAAUCAAUUCAUACUUUACCUGAAAUCGUAAUUGUUGUUGUUGCACGAUUACUCAGUGAAACGAACACAUUAAUUUCCAAUAAACUUAUAAAUCAAAGAACAUACCGUGAAUUAAUUACGGAGCCCAUUGCACUCACACCUAAUGAUUAUCGAAUCAUAAACCAUUCGGAGUUACCGCCCGUGAAAGAUGAAUUGUCAGUAACCCUAAAAAUAAAUAUUAUGGCGCAUGAUCCUUCUUGGGCUACCAUUUUCCAUAAAGGAGGGUUAAAAAGACGUACACCUGCACUCUGGUUGACACCAAAAGCUUCAUAUGCUUAUCCACGUUUUUCAAUUACUGAUAACUUUGAUGCCGGAACUACUAUAGUUAGUGAUGGAAUUUUGCUUAACCGAUGGUACCAUAUGGCAUACACAAUCUCGGAUUCAGAAAAGCGAAUGGAUUUCUACAUUGAUGGUAAAUGGGUUGGAUAUUCGAGUAUCGUGCUAGUUCAGGGUGAAGAUCCAACAAAAAGUAAUGAAACAAUAACACCACCAAAUGGAACAAUGGCUCCAUCAAAUGGAACCUCUGUUUAUGAAAAUUCAUGUCCUAAAAUGGGCGGAGUAUUAGCCGAUUAUAGAAUUAUCAACCAUUCGGAGUUACCGUCGGUAAAAGAUGAAUUGUCAGUAACACUAAAAAUAAAUAUUAUGGCGCAUAAUCCUUCUUGGGCUACCGUAUUUCAUAAAGGAGGGUUAAAAAGACGUACACCUUCACUCUUCUUGACACCAAAUACUUCACAUGCACGUCCACGUUACACUAUUACAGAUAAUUAUACUUUUGGGCUUGACAUGGUUGCCGAUGGGCUUUUGCUUAACCGAUGGUACCAUAUGGCAUACACACUCUCGGAUCCUGAAAAACGGAUGGAUUUCUAUAUUGAUGGAAUAUGGGCUGGAUUUUCAAGUAUCAUGCUUGUUCAAGUUCAGAAUGUCAUAUUCAAUGAUGCACCAUUAUACAUUGGAAAUGAUCUCGAAAAUGAUGCAAUUACUGGACAAAUUAGAACUUUUCGUGAAUUAAUUACAGAUCCAAUUGCACUUACACCUGAGGAUAAUAGAAUGAUUAAUCAUUCAGAGUUACCGCCGGUAAAAGAUGAAUUGUCAGUAACACUAAAAAUAAAUAUAGUGUCACAUAAUCCUUCUUUUGCAGCUGUUUUUCACAAAGGAGGAGUAAAUGGACGCACCCCUUCACUCCUCCUGACACCAGGAACUUCACACGCGCGUCCACGUUUCUCAACUACCGAUAAUGUUAAGUUUGGGAUUGAAAUGGUUGGUAAUGGUCUUUUGCUAAACCAAUGCUACCAUAUGGCAUACACACUCUCAGAUUCUGAAAAGCGGAUGGAUUUCUAUAUUGACGGUGAAUGGGUUGGAUUUUCAAAUAUCAUGCUUGUUCAAGGUGAAAACCAAACACAAAGUAAUGAAACAAUAACAACUUCAUUUAGUGAUCCAGCAGCAAUAGCAACAGUAGGUUUAUUUUUACGUAAAAUUUUAAAGCGGAAGAGAACAUCUAUAUAUGAUAAUAAUGGACCUAACAAUCAAAUAGUCUUUGCAUCUCAAAACGAAUAA